UGUCGCGCGCGCGCGCGCCCAUGCCAUGCCAGGGCCGCGCGCGCUUGGCUGCCGCUCAUGCGUCCGUGGGCUCCAACGGCUGUGUCAUGACCCUUGCGUGUCUUUGCUUAAUUUCCUAAGGUCUUUGGACUGUUUGGGACUUGGUUGCCUCCCCUUGGGCAAUGCUAAGGAGCCUUAAUUUCAAAAAAUUUUGUGGGUCUAUUUUUGGGGCGUGACAGUAGGCUUGCUUUGAGCACUCUAAUUUCGUCAAAGUAACAGCGCCGGAGGCACGACCCGGCCAGUUAAGGCCAGGAGCGCAUUGUUGGCAAAAGGGACGAGCCGACCGGUGCUCACCAUAGGCAGACCGGUCGACCCAACCCAAGGUCCAACUACGAGCAUUUUAACUGCAACAACUUAAAUAUACGCUAUUGGAGCUGGAAUUACCGCGGCUGCUGGCACUAGACUUGCCCUCCAAUUGAUCCUCGUUAAGGGAUUUAGAUUGUACUCAUUCCAAUUACCAGACUCGAAGAGCCCAGUAUUGUUAUUUAUUGUCACUACCUCCCCGUGUCAGGAUUGGGUAAUUUGCGCGCCUGCUGCCUUCCUUGGAUGUGGUAGCCGUUUCUCAGGCUCCCUCUCCGGAAUCGAACCCUAAUUCUUCGUCACCCGUCACCACCAUAGUAGGCCACUAUCCUACCAUCGAAAGUUGAUAGGGCAGAAAUUUGAAUGAUGCGUCGCCGGCACGAUGGCCGUGCGAUCCGUCGAGUUAUCAUGAAUCAUCAGAGCAACGGGCAGAGCCCGCGUCGACCUUUUAUCUAAUAAAUGCAUCCCUUCCAGAAGUCGGGGUUUGUUGCACGUAUUAGCUCUAGAAUUACUACGGUUAUCCGAGUAGCAGAUACCAUCAAACAAACUAUAACUGAUUUAAUGAGCCAUUCGCAGUUUCACAGUCUGAAUUAGUUCAUACUUACACAUGCAUGGCUUAAUCUUUGAGACAAGCAUAUGACUACUGGCAGGAUCAACCAGGUAGCAUUCCUACACGACGUCGCAGCCCGCAUGCAUGCCAACGCCGUACGGCAUUGGAGCAAUACGGGGAGCGAGCGUCAUUCGUUCGAGCAAUGGGCAAAGGCAACACGUUUCGAGGGACUUAUCAUGCCACCGAAUGCACUGCAUCCGAGAGAGCGAGCGCCAACGACGCGGCCCGCAAUGACAACCGAAGAUGUCAAGGCGGAACGCGAUGCGGGCUAUCGGGUUCGUUGUCCACCCAAAGAUGGGUGUCGACAGAAAGGGGCCAACGGGACGCGACGCUUCCAUCGAGUGAGGUACCGAUGCAAGAACCGAUCGAUUGUGACCGCUCGAACUCAAGCUUUGUUCGGGGCACGUCAAUGAGGUGGAGCCGACGUUGACAGUUCGAUGCCCGAGCAACGAGCCUGCCAACCCAAACUACCGUAUCACCACUCAUGCGCCGUACGCAUCGAGCCCGUGCAACGCUCGGCUAUCCGCGCCCUUACGCUGCAUUAAAGCAAGCAGGGUCGCAGAGUCGCCGCGCGAGGCCGAGCACGGAACGUCGUGCGCGCGCUCGAUAUGAGCAUUGUGUAACCCACAUGAACAUUGCAACCGAAACACCGUCAUUGUUAUGGGACGAGCCCUUUCGUCAAACGGGGAUCGAUCGCAGCAUGUCCAGUCUCGACAGAGGAAAGCAUGCCGAGAACACGCCCGCAACGAGGUGCAAGCAUUAUCCAAGCAAGCCCAUCCCCCACCUCACCGCACAUCCCGCUCUCUAUCCCCGCCCGACGUAGGGGCAUAAGGGGCACCCACCAAACCCUUCCACCAAGCAAGAAGCAAUCACAAGACAUCUCGUAUCUUCACGAACAAGCCCGCUUGGAGUGCACGCCCACACCGAGGUGCAAGCAUUGUCCGCGCAAGCCCAUCCGAGCAUCAACUCGACACCCGCUCUCACUCCCCGCCCAACGGUCGGACGUGGCACUCCGACGAAACCCGUCCACCAAGCACAAAGCAAUCGCAAGACAUCUCGUAUCUUCACGAACAAGCCCGCUUGGAGUGCACGCCCACACCGAGGUGCAAGCAUUGUCCGCGCAAGCCCAUCCGAGCAUCAACUCGACACCCGCUCUCACUCCCUGCCCGAUGGACAAGCCCAUCGUUAUGGCCAAACCCCUCCACCAAGCAAGAAGCAAUCGCAAGACAAGCCCACUUGGAGUGCACGCCCACACCGAGGUGCAAGCAUUGUCCAAGCAAAACCCAUCCAAGAAUGUCAAUUUGACAUCCCGCUCUCACUCCUUGCCCGACGUAGGGGCCCGGCAUUCCAUCGAUUUUGACCAAACCCUUCCACCAAGCAAGAAGCAAUUGCAAGACAUCUCGUAUCUUCACGAACAAACCCGCUUGGAGUGCACGCCCACACCGAGGUGCAAGCAUUGUCCGCGCAAGCCCAUCCGAGCAUCAACUCGACACCCGCUCUCACUCCCCGCCCAACGGUCGGACGUGGCACUCCGACGAAACCCAUCCACCGAGCACAAAGCAAUCGCAAGACAUCUCGUAUCUUCACGAACAAGCCCGCUUGGAGUGCAUGCCCACACCGAGGUGCAAGCAUUGUCCGCGCAAGCCCAUCCGAGCAUCAACUCGACACCCACUCUCACUCCCUGCCCGACGGACAAGCCCAUCGUUAUGGCCAAACCCCUCCGCCAAGCACGAAGCAAUCGCCAAGACAAGCACACUUGGAGUGCACGCCCACACCGAGGUGCAAGCAUUGUCCAAGCACGCCCAUCCCGCUCUCACUCCUUGCCCGACGGUCGGAUGUGGCAAUCCGGCCGAACCCUUCGUCUACCAAGCACAAAGCAAUCGCAAGUUAUCUCGUCUCCUCACGAACAAGCCCGCUUGGAGUGCACGCCCACACCGAGGUGCAAGCAUUGUCCGCGCAAAGCCCAUCCGAGCAUCAACUCGACACCCACUCUCACUCGCCGCCGGCGGCCGGAGGUGGCACUCCGCCGGCGCCGACCCCCCAAGCAUAUGUGCCCAUGAUGGGCGCAAUGUGCUUGAAGGGUCGGCGCCGCGGCAUAGGGGUA